AUGCUGCUCAAGCUGAACGCCGAGCUGAAGGAGAUGGUCGUGGAAUGGCUGGCGCCUCCCUUGGGGUUCCACCACCGUGAGCUGGACCCGGAGAAGGCCUCCGACCCCCGCGACGAGGUUGACAUCGCGAAUGAAGUCCUCCGCCGCUUCAAAGCUUUCAUCAAGCCGGAUCCGGAGGAGGUUGACGUGGAGAUCCUUUUCAUGCUUAGCUUCUGGGCAUCCUGGGCCGAAGCCGCCCGAGACAUUGCGCGUCUCGCCGCUGUGAGCAAGGGCUACAGAGACGCGUCCAAGCUCCUCCUGGUCCACAUGAAAUGGGUGGUAGACUUGCUUUGCGGACAGGGCCAGGGCUUGGUGUCUGCUCCCUUCCUCUUCGCGGAAAAGAUGCACCUGGUGUGGAAGCUGCGCGGCGGGAGGCGCUUCAGGCAGGUCAUCCUGGAGAUCGAGGAUCGCAUGGCCUACGACGAUGACGAGGAUGCCGAGCUGGGCCUCGACAGCCUGCUCGAGGAGGCUUUGGAAGACCCCGAGCUCAGUGGCGGACAGAAGAACGAG